AACACUAGAAUGCAAUAUUAUUAUGCAUAUGUGUAACUGUGUACUCUAGUACGAGUUACAAGUUACAACUCACGAGUCAUAAAAACUCACAAACAUGAUUAGCAUGAUUUGAGACAUUAUACAUAUUUUUAUAGUUAUAUACUACUCACGAAUGAUAUGAAUUCUUAUUAAAAUAUGACAGUUUGUCAAUAAAUCCAAACGUAAUUUUCGGUUUCACGUUACAUUUGAAAUUAACAUUUUAUUUUAAAUACACGAAAAAAUGAUUACCACCAUCCAUACAAAAAUACAAUAGCCGAGCACAACAAAUACAAUUGAAGAACAAAUCAUUAUUAACAGAUAGCGAAUUAAAAGAGUUUAAUAAGAAAAUUAAACGGUUCUAUUCAUCAAUAAAUAUGGAUGUUAAAUUGAGUUUAAUCCUUAUGCUAACAUUUCCAUUAGUAACACCAAUCCGUUGGCUUAUGCAUCCAAAUACUCAAAAAUGUUUACGUGAAGAACUCAGACAAAAUGUAUUGGUAAAAGGUGAUUAUGAAAUCGCACCAAUUGAUGGUCAGUUUAUGGAUUAUAUGGUACGGGAUUCUAAAGGACACAUCUUAGCUAAUAAACAAGACAUUACUAAAGGAAAGUUUACAUUUAGUACUGAAAAUUAUGAUAUGUUUGAAAUUUGCUUUAAUUCCCGUGUACCUGGAUAUCAAAGAGGAACUUUGCAAGAAGUUUCAUUAAAUAUUAAAACGGGUGUUGAAGCAAAAACAUAUGAAGGAAUUGGAGAGGUGGCUAAAUUGAAACCUUUGGAAUUAGAUUUGAAAAUGUUGGAAGAUUUAUCAUCAUCUAUUGUUCAAGAUUUUUCUGACAUGAAGCAUCGGGCCGAAGAAAUGCGAAAUACAAACGAAUCAACAAGCAGAAGAGUUCAUUGGUUCAGUAUGUUCAGCAUUAUUUGUUUAUUUGGAUUGAGUGUAUGGCAGAUCUUGUACUUAAGGAGAUAUUUUAAAGCUAAGAAACUCAUUGAGUAAUACUAAUUUGUAUCUAUUUAAAAUUACAUUUUUUUCCUCUUACAGUCUUACAGUAAAAUAUAAAACAUCAAUUGUAAUUACAAUUUAAUUUGUCUUAAUGUAUUUACAUAUUUUAAUAAAAAAAUUCAAUAAAUUAUGUUUUAUCAUUCUUAAAGUUGUAUAAAAAAUUAUUAUUUCAUUUUUGGAGGUUGAGCAGCAGACUCCCAAUGAAUAAUUUAACAUUAUAUCAGUGGUUAAUGCUGACUCCAAUGUAUAAGGCAUGCUCAUUGAUAAGUAUUAUACAUUCAUACUUGGUAUAGCCAAUUAUUAAUAAUACAGCAGUUCAUAAUUAGGAAAUGCAACAACUGAAUAAGUAUUGAGGAUGCUUUGGGUAGUUAAGACAAACAGUACAUACCACAUCAGUCAGUAAUAAAUUUCUAUGAAUAGCAAUAUGUUAACAAGUCAAUUCAUUCUAACAGUGGUGAUGGGGCGAUCGCCCCCCUUCUAAAAUUAUCAUUUAUUACUAAUUUAUAAGUUUAAUAUCAAAUUUAUAUUGUAGUAUAGGUAAUAUUGUCAAAAAUAAAAAUUGUGUUUUCUGUAUGGCUAAU